AUGGCGAAGAAGACCAACCAGCCGGACGCCAGCCCACGCACCCUGGUCAUCGGCACCAACGACUCGAGCAUCCUCAGCAAGCGGAGCGCCGAACGCCUCGGCUACUUCCCCCACCCGCAGUUCCUCCGAGCAUUCGCACACAGGCCCCAGCGAAGGACCGCGCUGAUCAACAUCGGCUACACCCUCCGGACGCUGCUCGUCGAUCUCAUCGUCUCCAGAUUCACCGACGCCCAACCGGCCCCGCUCGUCAUCGUCAGCCUCGGCUGUGGCUACGACCCAGGCUUCUUCAAACUAGCCACAACCACCGCCACGACCACUACCGAGACCAUCCAAUAUAUCGAUGCCGAUUACCCCGAGCUGAUCGCCAAGAAGCACCAGCUGAUCUCCCAAUCCGAAGAACUCCAAUCGAUCCUCCCAGGUUUUAGCAGCUCGACGGUCGGAGACUGGAUUCGGCUACCUAACGCGAGCACCUCCUAUGCCCUACUCGGCUGCGACCUGUGUGAUAGCCAUCGAUUCAUUCACAAAUUAAUCGACUUACUCCAAGGCAGGCGCGAUGCUCGGAUCCUAUUCGUAUCAGAAGUCUCAACCGUUUAUAUGCCCUUCGACAAGUCCGAUCAGCUCCUCCACAACCUCAGCCAAUCAUUUCCCAACAUGAUCUGGAGCUGCUUGGAACAAGUCCUGCCAGCCAGCCCCACUGCCUUCUCGGAUACGAUGCUCAAACAUUUCCACAAGCUUCGAACGCCCAUCAGAGGCACCCUGGCCUAUCCAACCAUCUCAGAUCAGCUCAACAGACUCGGAAGGUAUUGGAAGACCGUGGAGAUGUCGACGCUCCAUGAUCUCUGGAAAGCAUUCGAUCUCAACCAGAUCUCACGCACCGAGAAAGAAAGGCUGAUCAACUUGGAAGAAUUCGAUGAGUGGGAAGAAUUAGACUUGUUUCUCUCUCACUAUCUCGUCGGGAUCGCCUACUCCGAACCAGGCCUCAUCCAUACCCAUCCUCGACCUCCGACCGGCACAAUCACCCUACCGCCGCUUCGGCACCGAUCACCCGCCGCAACUCAUCCGAUUGCUUCACCACGCCCAGAUAGCCCCGGUCUGUCGUGGAGCUACAGCUCGGUAGAUUCGUCCAUACACAGGCGCGGACACACCUCAACCCCACUCCCAAAUGGGCAGCUUUUCGUCUUCGGUGGCUUUGGCCUCCCAAGUCCGAUCUGCAAGAACCUUGAUCAGAAACUCAAAUCUUCCCCAGCGCAUUCCAGACUAGCCCAUCCGCUCAUUCUCACUCUCUCGCCUCGAACUUCGUCCCUCCAAACUACCCCACUACCCGUCAAUCCCUCCACCCCAUCGCCUAGAUUGUUCCACACGGCUUCAUCGGUCAUCAACGAUCAGGAUCAGACCACAUGUGUCUUCUUGUUCGGCGGAAGAUCUUCACCCCGAGUCCCGCUGGCAGAUGCAUACCUCUUUAACUAUACAACCAACACGUGGAACUCAGUCAAGCCAGUUACACUCGACCAUCCCUGGCCUGCUCCUCGAUUUAGACAUGCAGCUCUCAGUCUGCUGAUCGGAAACUCUUCUUACGUUCUGAUCCAUGGCGGGAUAGGUUUGGAAGGGGUGAUCCUGAAGGAUGCCUGGUUGUUUGAUCCUAAUCGAAAUCGGUGGACUGCAUUGAUUGACAUUGACGGGAUCAUCGGACCCCGGCAUUCCCACCAGAUCUACUACGAUUCACGCGAUCAAGAGUUAUACGUAUUUGGAGGGAUCACGGCCAUCUGCGGUGGCGCAUCAACAAGCCGGCUCGGGAGGAACAUUCAAGUCGGCGUGAUGUUUGCGGAGGACUUGACGGUCAAUGUUCGAUCUGAUGCGCCAGAGCUGCUCAAUUUCAACUUUGAUGAUGCUCUGCUUCAUCGAUAUUCACAUCGGAUCACCUCAUGGGAUCAGGAGAAUAAGACGCUAAUCAUGAGUGGUGGGAUCUCUGAAAACGGCGUGAUUACUACCGAAACCCAAUACAUAUUAUUGGAUUUAAAAUCCAGGACAUCUCGUAUACUUCAACUCGGCCGGCAAAAAGCUCAAACCAUGAUAGGCCACACAAUUUCAACCAUCAAUGCGAAUGGGGGUAGUCAGCUUGGCUCGAAAGUAGCACUCGUGGUAGGAGGGGGUGCGACAUGCUUUUCAUUCGGGAGCAGUUUCGAUACAUCUGCCGAGAUCAUCUCUGAUUCUGGUCUGGGCCUGACUGAACAUACUGGCGCGAUCUACAAAAACCAUGAACAAGUAAAUCGAAUGUCUUAUGGGACCUUCGAUCCCUCCCCUGAAGAUACUUGGGACCAAGUUCAAGAACUGCCUCGGAUCGACAAACUAACGAGCCAAGCCUGGAUCGAUGUCGUUUCGGCUGCUAAGCCUGUGUUGUUCGAUACUCGGGAGGAGAUUGGAGAGUGUGUCGAAAGUUGGACACCUGACUAUCUCAAGCUGAAGUGUGGACAGAAGAAAUGCUCGGUUCAUCUCUCCAAUCCUCUCUCUUUCACCACUUUAAGAUGGCACGAUAAGAACUUCAAAUACGAGACGAUGAGCUUUAUGGAGCUGAUCGAUCGAACAACCGGCGCCGCAACUUCUGGCGGCGAGAACAAGGAUCGCCGGAUCGUUUACCUUCGCUCAUUAUCCAACUCCCCCAAACAUCCCUCUAAUUUUCAUUCCGACUUCCCCGAAAUCUCUCUCGAUUUUAAGAUCCCUCCAGCCGUGAAUGAUUAUAUUAUUGAUCGUGACGCCUUCUUUUCGAGUGUUCUCCGGAUUUCUGGGGCUGAUAUGGGUCUCUGGGCUCACUACGAUACAUACGACAAUAUCCUUGUGCAAGUUCAAGGGAAAAAACUGGUCAGGCUCUGGCACCCAAGGGAGAUUACCAAUCUGUAUAUCGAAGGUAGUUCAUCACAUAUUCCUAGCUUCGACCCGCCCGAUUUGGAUCGGUUCCCACUCUAUCGCAAGUCGCAUCCACUGCUUUGUGUCUUAAAUCCAGGAGAUAGCUUAUUUAUACCCGCGAACUGGAUACACGCCGUCCAGACGCUAGAGCCGAGCAUCUCGGUCAACACGUUUUUCAAAACCGAUCGCCUCUCAGACUUUUACGAGUCUAAGAAGAAGGACAUAUGGGGCAAUAUCGAUCUGGCACCUUACAACGAGCUCCACGAGCGACUGUUCCAGGAUAUCUUGGCUGCAGCUCCUCAUCAACGCUUAGCAGACCCACCUCUCGAUCAGAACGACUCACUCGGCUCGCGCUUUAACUGCUUACCCAUCGAUCAGCGGCAAUUCUAUCUCAAAAAAAUCGCCAUCGACUUGAUUAGACAUGCUGAUCAAUUGUCCCAAUCCUCGUAA